AUGCAAGGAGUGCAUAGGCCUUCAGAGCAUGUUGGCGCCCUGCGUGGAGUCCGACAACACCGUCUGUAAAUGCAUUUACGGCUACUACCAGGACGAGGAAAGUGGCGAUUGCAGGGAGUGCACCGUCUGCGAAGUGGGCUUCGGCCUGGUGUACCCGUGCAGUGACAAUCAGAACACGUUUUGUGAGAAAUGCCCCCCGGGGACCUUCUCGGAUGACGCCAACCACGUGGACCCCUGCUUCCCGUGCACCAUUUGCGAGGAGAAUGAGAUCAUGACCAAGGAAUGCACGGUGGGAUCGGACGCUGUGUGCAGAGAGAUUCACCCACGAUUUACAGUGACAACCACAUUCCCGAUGGAGUUCAACACCGACGAUACAGAACCGGAUGUCGAUGAAGACUAUGAUCUGGAGAGCUCAGAGAACCCCAUGCCUUUCACCAAUGAUCCAAAAGAACUGGAUGGUUUCGGGAGCACCAUUGCCGGGACAGCGGCCACAGUGAUGGGUAGCUCUCAGCCUGUGGUCCGAAGUGGCACACCGGACAACCUCAUCCCUGUCUACUGUUCCAUCUUGGCAGCCGUGAUCGUGGGGCUGGUGGCGUACAUUGCUUUCAAGAGGUGGAACAGCUGCAAGCAGAACAAGCAAGGUGCCAACAACCGUCCUGUUAAUCAGACGCCUUCGCCAGAAGGAGAGAAGCUUCACAGCGACAGCGGCAUCUCGGUUGACAGCCAAAGCCUCCACGAUCAACAGCCGCAGACACAAACGGCAUCCAUGCAAGGCCUUAAAGGAGACGGGAAUCUUUACAACAGUCUGCCAGCCAACAAACGAGAGGAGGUCGAGAAGCUUCUGAACGGGUCCACGGAGGAGACAUGGCGCCAUUUGGCGGGGGAAUUGGGCUACAAGGAGGACCACAUAGACUCCUUCACGCAGGAGGAAUACCCGGUCCGUGCGCUCCUCUCCGACUGGUCCAGCAAGGACAGCGCCACCAUGGACGCCCUUUAUUCUGCCUUGCGUAAAAUCCAAAGAGGGGACAUUGUGGAAAGCCUGUACAGUGAGUCCACUGCUAGCUCACCGGUGUGAAGCCUGGAGAAGGGG